AUGUCGUGGAAGCAAACAUUUCUGAAAGGGAUGAGAUGCCUUCGGGAAGGCGACGUAGAUGGAUCAUUGCCGUGGUUCACAAAGGCACUGGAAGCUAAUCCGGAGAACCCCUGCAUUGUAUACGACGCACGCUCCUCUGCACUAGAAAAGCUUGGUCGAUAUAAAGAGGCCCUCAAAGACGUCCGCAAGACUAUCGAAUUGGCACCGGAGCAAUGGCAAGGAUACAAUCGCGCAGCUCGACUGUUCUACCAUUUGAAGAAGUACUCGCAUGCCACAAAGAUGAUAGAUGCAGCUCUCGACAGGUAUACACCUAUCUCCAGCUCAAAACGGACGGAAAUGGAAGCCUUGAAAGCCAAGAUUGCCGCCGCCCAUACCAAGUACCUCAGACAGACCCGCAACCACUCCGCCAUACUCCCCAUCGAACUGUUUUCUGAAGUCGUAUACAUUCUCCUCGACGAAGACUCGACCUCAGUCCUGCGGCUUUCGCAUGUCUGCCAGCACUGGCAAAGUGUUAUGGCGUCCAACCCCCUCUUUUGGCGGACGUUGGUACUAGGCAAGAGCCGCCCUCACAUCAAGGCCAAGCAUUGGGUGGCACGCUCACAAGGGAGGAUUCGCGAUUUGCGCAUCAAGGCUGAAGCACUCGAUAAGGGAUGGUCAGGUCAAGGCUUAGAAGGGAUCGACUGGAGCUAUCUGCAGACUUGCUCAAUAGCAAAGUGGGACUUUUGCCGUUUCGUCAAGUCCACGACUCUGUCCUCCCUGUCAAGCUAUGAAUUCAUCAGCGAAGACCGGCUACCUGUCGAUACGCCAAUGCGACUGUUCGACACAGCAUGGCCUCUGCAACAAAUCGCCCUACAAGGGACCCCAUUACCCCCUUACUUCAAUGACCUCCCAGGAGAGUCUAUAUCUUCCCUCGCUCUGCGCAACACCACUGGCACUAUGCCACUCGCUUUGGAGAAAUACGGCUCUCUCAGGACUUUGGUUCUCGAGAACGAACAGCGAAUUAUCAGUGAAUACCCGCCCAACUUGAACCAACUACAGCACCUCGAGAUACACCGCGUCAACGAACAUUCCGAGAAGCUUCUCGGUAUCGCCAUGCCCGAAUUGCAUAUCCUGCACAUACGUAACAGCCCCAGAGUCCUGGAUCAAUACUUCAACAUCCUAGCAGGUGGAAGCCCCUCCCAUUUGACGCAGCUCGUCCUUUCUGGCAUCCCCAUCCGAGACGAAAGGCCGCUUGUAGGACUCGUUGCCAGCAUGGAGCGGCUCGAAAAGUUGGAACUAUCAAAACUCUCCAUUGGAGUCAACGCUGUCGUCAAUCACCUCGCCAGAGCCGGUCAUGGUGAAGGGUCAGACGGGGCUCCGCCUUGCGCCCAUCUCAUUGAACUCAACCUAUCCCACUGUUCCGACCUCAGAACAAGUCCGCUGGUCAGGCUUGUCGCCUCUCGCAACGUACCGAGCGACCAUGGGCUUCGGUGCGCCAAGAUACAGUCGUUGAAUGUCGACGGUUGUGAAGGAGUUGAGGCAGGCAAACUACCUUGGUUCAGAACACACGUCCCAACGUUCAGCUGCAUCUACCGAACAAAGAAUGUCGUGCGGUACAGGCGUUGA